CUUAAUUUUUGGUUUAAACUUAAUCUCAUUUAAUUUGAUAGUAAUUAAAAAGUUGUUUUUUUAGUAAUAAUUAAUCACUAAACUGCUUUUAUGUAGUUUGUAUGGUAACUUUAAAGUUCACUCAUUACAAAAUCAUUCGUUUAAUGAUUGAGUACUAGUUACUAGAAAAAUACAAUUUAUAUGUUAUUAGGUUAAGUUUAAUCCAGAGUUGUGUUAUAUUUAUUAUGUUUACAUAGAAUAUUUACAUUAAGUUUACAAUGAAUCUUUUGCAUGUAAAUUUAAUACAAACUGAAUAAUACCAUUCAGAAAGAAGGAAUGGGUAGAGCAUGUUGCAUCUUGGGAUGUCCCUCGGGAGGAGAUGCUCCAUCUCAUCAGAUCCCCAAGAAUCCAGCUCUCUUCCAGAAAUGGAAAAGCUUGAUUUACUCCGAGAAAAUCCAACAUAUGACUGAUGAGCAAAUAAGCAAGUGUGCUGUGUGCUAUCGGCAUUUUGCUGACAAUGACUAUCUAGUAACUUUUCGAGUAAGAAAGUUGAAACGUGGCGUUGCACCUUCCUUAAACUUGCCAAACAGACCAGAUUCUAGUGUACCUAUUAUGAUUAAAAUAGAACCGCAAACAUCGGCUGCGAGAAGAGAAACGUUUAUUGCAAAAGAAGAGGUGACAGAAAUUCCAAGAAUAAUAGAAGAAUUAGAAACAACUCAAAUUACAUUAUUCGAAGAUAUUCCGGAAGAAAUUAAAUCCUGCUCAUUCGACCAGCCACAAAUUUUAUUAGAUAAGAAUAUUGAGCAAAUUAAUUCAACGGCAGAAACAUUUAAGUUAAAUCAUAGAGAAAGAACGUCGAGAAAGAAACGAAAAUUAACUGCAAAACAAUUGCAUCUACUUCAAUGUAAACAACAAGCCAAGCAAUAUGAAAAAACACCUUCGAUACAAAAGCUGCUAUCUUUUCUCACGCCUGCUGAAAUAACAACUAUUAAAACUAGAAUACGAAAAGCAAGAUAUGCCCCAAGAAUAUAUGUAAGAAUAUAUCACAAUAUUGCACAAAGGAAAGCUUUUAGUCACUUAAAACUCGUAGAAGAUUAGUAAUUUAUUGCAAGUUUUA